AUGCGCCGCUAUUUCGCCUUCGGCGCCAACCUCUCUCCGAGAGCCCUGGCGCAGCGCCUCGGAAGCCCGCCGGGGCCAGGGCCGAGCCUGGCAGCUGCGCUGCAGGACUGGGAGCUGCGCUUUGAUGUGCAAGGCUACUGGCCCCAGGUCGAGGGUGCCUUCGCAUCGGCGGCCCCUCGCAAAGGUGAGAGGAUCUACGGCGUGGUUCACAUGCUCAGUGAGGAGCAGCUCCACGUCCUAGACGGCUUGGAGGGCGUUCCGGAGGGCCAGAACCUGCGGGUGGAGGGCGGCCGCCUGAGAGACCUCAAUGGCUCUGAGCUGCCAGGGGAGGGCUGCACUUUUUACACCUGCGGCCCCUCGAUGCGGUUGCCGGAGGGCGUAGAGGCGAGACCAAGCGCACGCUACCUCGAGAUGCUGGAGAGCGCAGCAGUUGACGCUGGGCUUCCACCCGCCUGGGCGGAGUCCUUCGCCGAGCGACGGCGCCAGCUGCCUCGCUGCCCCUCGCUGCCGCGCCAGGCCCUGGUCGAUGAGCUCCCCGGAGGAGCCGCCGCGAUCUCCUUCGCCUCGCCAACGCUGCCCGAUCAGGCGUUAACAUCGCUGUGCGGGCUCGUUUUCGUCUGCGAGCAAGCACGGGAGGUGGCACUGGCCGUUCUCCGUCGGGGCGCGCGGCCCUGGCGCGGUGAGAAGCUGCCUGAGGCGCUGACGGAGGCGCGGCACCUCUGGGGCUCAGACCGGGUGGAGGAGAUCCUCAGCUGCUGGCUGGCGCAGUUCCGGGCGCUCUUCGGGCCCCCAGUCGGGCUGCUGGCUGAGGACUGGGAGGUGUCUGCGACGCCGCACCGGCUUCCGCUGUGA